CAGGCUCCGCCAGCUGCGGGCGGAAAACCAUCACCAAAUCCCAAAAACCACCACGAAAUCCCAAAAACCACCACGAAAUCCCAAAAACCACCACGAAAUCCGGAGGGGAGGGAAGGAGGCGGCCGAGGGAGCAGCAGCAGCCAUGGAGGAGCGCAAAUAACGCCCUCAAGCCAUCCCCAGGCGAGCUGAAGCGCAGAGCGGCGGCGGCUGCGGGGAAAGCCGACCUGGAUGCAUCCCCACGCUCCUCCAUCCUCAUCCUCAUCCCCACCGCCAUCCGGGGGCUGCACCUGCUGAGCCGCAGCCACCGGGAGGAGGAAUGCCGAGCUGGCAGGGAGGAAGGCUCGCCUUUGUUCCCCUCUGAGCAGCGGCAGCGCCUGAGCCCUUCCUGGGGGCAUCUGCUGGCUCCAGCCCCCCCCGGGGAGCCAUGGGCACCACGGAGGCCACGCUGCGCAUGGAGAACGUGGAGGUGAAGGAGGAGUGGCAGGACGAGGACUUCCCCAGGCCUCUCCCAGAAGAGACAGGGAUGGAGUCCCUGGGAAGCCCCACGGAAGACGAGACCACGUCCUCUCCCCCCAACACCCUGAACUUCAACGGGGCCCAUCGGAAGAGGAAGACCCUGGUUGCACCUGAAAUCAACAUUUCCCUGGACCAGAGCGAGGGCUCCAUCCUCUCUGACGACUUCCUGGACACCCCUGAUGACCUGGACAUCAACGUGGAUGACAUUGAGACCCCUGACGAGACAGAUUCCCUCGAGUUCCUGGGCAAUGGGAAUGAGCUGGAGUGGGAAGAUGACACCCCCGUGGCCACGGCCAAGAACAUGCCUGGGGACAGUGCAGACCUGUUUGGGGACGGGGGCACGGAGGAUGGCAGUGCCACCAACGGGCGCCUCUGGAGAACCGUCAUCAUCGGCGAGCAGGAGCACAGGAUCGACCUCCAGAUGAUCAAACCCUACAUGAGAGUGGUGACACACGGAGGAUACUACGGAGAAGGUCUGAACGCCAUCAUCGUCUUUGCUGCCUGCUACCUCCCGGACAGCAACCUGGCAGAUUAUCACUACAUCAUGGAAAACCUCUUCCUGUAUGUGAUCAGCAGCCUGGAGCUGCUGGUGGCUGAGGACUACAUGAUCGUGUACCUGAACGGGGCCACGCCCCGCAGGAGGAUGCCAGGCCUGGGCUGGCUCAAGAAGUGCUACCAGAUGAUCGACAGGAGGCUGAGGAAGAACCUCAAGGCCCUGAUCAUCGUGCACCCCUCGUGGUUCAUCCGGACUGUUCUGGCCAUCUCCAGACCCUUCAUCAGUGUGAAGUUCAUCAACAAGAUCCAGUACGUGCACAGCCUGGAGGAGCUGGAGCAGCUCAUCCCCAUGGAGCACGUGCAGAUCCCAGACUGUGUCCUGCAGUAUGAAGAAGAGAGGAUCAAGGCCAGAAAAGAAAGGGCAGAGGAGAAACAGGACAUGGCUGAGAGGGAAAGCCGGCCCACGCCCCCAGCAGAGGAUCAGGAGACCAGGUUUGAGCUCUUGGUGUGGCUGGGACCCAUCCUGUGCCAUUUGUGAUCCAUCACCAGCAAAGCCAAGCCUGGCUUAGCCCCAGGGUCCCCC